UGCGAUACGAUAAUACUAAAUAAUAAUUGCAUCGAUUAGAAUUAACGUUCAACGAUCAGAAAUAUUCUAUUUGUGACUAACAGUUGGUCACCAUUGUUAUAUGACGGCGUUCUCUGAAACUAAUCCGACGAGUAACAUAACAGAAUGUGCGAGAACAUAACCUAUAAAGAUCGUCGAUAAUUGGAAAAUUUGCUUGUUAAUUGUGCUUAUAUUUCCAAACUCGAAAGGACGAUUUAUUUUAUGAUAAAAACAAGUUGCAGAUAUGCCAAAGUAUUAUUGUGAUUAUUGUGACACGUAUUUAACGCACGAUUCGCCGAGCGUACGAAAAACUCAUUGCCAAGGACGAAAACACAAAGAUAAUGUUAAAUUCUUUUAUCAAAAAUGGAUGGAGGAACAAGCUCAGCAUUUAAUCGAUGCCACGACAGCAGCCUUCAAAGCUGGAAAAAUUGCAUCCAAUCCAUUUGCAGCAAAUAAAGGAGCAGCUAUACCUCCACCACCUAGUCUUGGGCCACGACCUGGAGUACCACCGCAAGGACCGCCAGGUAUGAUGCCACCACCUGGUAUGCAUCCUGGUGGACCGAUGGGUCCUGGCGGUCCUAUGAUGAUGGGUCCACACGGACCGAUGCCUUCAAUGAUGGGUAUGAGACCACCGAUGAUGGGACCUAUGGGACCAAUGGGUCCGAUGAUGGGACCAAUGGGUCCUAUGGGACCUAUGAGACCACCUAUGAAUGGACCUCCACCACCUAUAAGUGGUCCUCCGCCAAUGAAAAAGUAAAAUUCACAAAGUGUCUAUUAUAUUUUGCAAGAAAUAUAUCAUAAAAGAUAUAUUGUAAACAGAACGAUGUUAUAGAACUUUGUGUUUAUAUGUUUGACUUUGUACAAACUGUGGCAUAAAGAAAUGCGAGAAACAUAGAUAAAAAUAUGUGACAUCUAAAUGGAAUAUACAAUGUCUAAAUAAUAAAUAUUUCUUUAAUAUGAAUCUACAUAUGAUAUUUUAUGAGCUGUAUAGUUAGUCAAUAAAUGAAUUCAAUGAUAA